AAGUCAGGGGCUCAGAGUGGUUCUUCUGUCCCAGAUCCCUGAAGUGGCCAAGAUGAAGUCUCUGCUCCUACUCAGCAUCAUACUCUCAGCCACCCAGGCUAGAGAAUUAACGAAAUGUGAGCUGAUCCAGGAUCUAAAGAAUCAUGGCAUGGACAAAUAUGAAGACUUCCAUUUGAAUGAAAUGAUCUGCGUCACAUUCCAUAGCAGUGGCUUUAACACCCAAAUUAAAGUCAGUAACAAUGGCAACACAGAAUACGGAAUAUUUCAGAUCAGCAACAAUGGUUGGUGUGCCGAAAAGCAGGAAGAUGUGGCCAAAAGUACUUGUGGCAUUCUUUGCUCCAAACUCCUGGAUGAUGACAUUAAUGAUGACAUCGUGUGUGCCAAGAAGAUCAUAGAGCAACCCAAAGGAAUUGACUACUGGUAUCGGAAUUUCAUACAGUUUCUGCGACUGCGACAGCGCCCUGGAGAAGGAGCUGCUGGCCAGGGCCCACAAGCGGAGAGCCCGCGAGACCUGGGGAGGCUGCCAAAGACGGGAGAGGUCCCGAAGCCCCAGGGCCAGCGGGAGUGA